GGGUUGGGCUGCCUUUGGUUUAUAAAUGCUGUGUGCAGCAGCAUCCAGGGCUCCUGAAAAUCUUGGGAAUUGUGCAGGGAUCGCUGGGAAAAUGCAUUUCCGUCAUUUCCAUUACACUUUCAGCUCGCUCGUCGCCUGCCUGGCUGAUGGGGAGGUCUGCACUCAGCCAGAAACAAGGGCCAAAUUUGAAUCCCUGUUCAGACCCUAUGACAGAGACCUGACCUUUCAGUAUUUUAAAAGCUUCAAAAGAGUGAGAAUCAACUUCAGCAACCCUUUGUCUGCAGCAGAAGCCAGGAUCCAGCUGGACAAAACAGAAUUCCUUGGAAAAGAACUCAAACUCUAUUUUGCUCAGACUCUGCACAUUGGCAGCUCCCACCUGGCCCCCCCCAAUCCAGAGAAGCAAUUCCUGAUCUCCCCCCCUGCCUCCCCUCCUGUGGAUUGGAAACAAGUGGAGGAUGCCACUCCAGUCAUCAACUAUGACCUUUUGUAUGCAAUUUCCAAGCUAGGGCCAGGUGACAAGUACGAGCUGCACGCGGCCACGGCCACCACCCCCAGCGUGGUUGUGCACGUGUGUGACAGCGACCAGGACAGCGAGCACGAGCAGCCCAGGAAACCCAAACCCAAAAUCAUCCAGACCCGCCGGCCCGACUUCAGCCCCGCCCACCUGGGCUGAGCUCGGCUGGGCUGGGCUUAACUGGGUUUAACUGGGCUGGGCUGGGCUUAACUGGGCUGGG